UCAUUUUAUAAGACCUGAAUAAGACUACUAGGAAAUUUCUUCAAUUCUUAUUUUCUUCAUUUUUUUUUACUUCUGAAAAUGUCUUUGUUAAGUAUUAAUAUGUCAAAUUAGAAUUAUACAUAUAAAAUUUAUUUUCUCUCUGUACAUUUGUGUAUGUACGUAGCAAUUUUUGUUCUCUGUACAGAUGCACACAAGCACACUUUAAUCUCGCAUUCUCCGCCAAUUGGGGUUCGAAUUUUGAGUUAAUUGACAAAAGGGGUUUCAGGAAAACCCCCAGAGAAAUUGGCCAGAGAUCAUGGAAGAUCCUGUUGUAAUGCAUUCUGAAGAUGAUAAAGGUCAUACUGAAAAAAACAAGACAAGAAUCAAGGUCAUCAAGACACGUGCUCAGAUUGAAGGCCUGGAGAAAUUUUAUAAGGAACAUAAAUAUCCUACAGAAUCAAUGAAAUCAGAACUGGCACGGUCAUUAGGAUUAACAGAAAAGCAGGUUUCUGGGUGGUUUUGUCAUAGGCGGUUGAAAGACAAGAGGCUAUUAAGUCGGGAAACAUAUGCAAAUGGAAGACAAGAUCGUUCAAGUGGUGUCAUUCAGGACCGUGGCAGCGGUUUUAGGCAGGAUUCUUGUGGAAGUACUAAGCAAGGAGAUGAUAAAAAUUUUGAUCAUCGGGAAGUUGAGAGUAGAAGAUUAACUGCCCCAGAAGUCUCAGCUGCGGGUGUUACAUAUGAAGUUGUUACUCAGUAUAGAGCAGAGUCUAAUCUCAUGGAGGAUACACCUUCAGGAAGUAGCUCUUCCUUACGGGAUGCAUGUUUUUCACAAAAUGUGGAAUCAUUUGAUAUGGCAACAUCAAGAUACCUAUCGUCUAAUGUUCCUACUGAUCUUAAGAGUGUGAAACCAAGAACUGGCCCAUCCGGGUACUUAAAAGUGAAAGGCCAGGUAGAAAAUGCUGCAAUUACUGCUGUAAAGAGGCAAUUGGGAAGUCUCUACCGACAGGAUGGUCCACCACUUGGUGUUGAAUUUGAUCCACUUCCACCUGGUGCUUUUGAAUCAUCAGUGCAAAAUCUUGUUGAUGAACCUGAAUAUGCUGGAGAACCUGUUCCAGCGCUUACACCAGAUUUCUCUAAAGUGUACAAGCAAUCGAAUUCAUGCAUAGGACAUGGAUCCAUUUCCAAGACAAACUCUCAUGUGCCUGAUUUGGAAGGUGCAAGUUUCAAAAAAUCACUCAAGUCUGCUCAUCCCGAAUAUUACUUCAACGAAAAGCCUGGUCAGAAUUCCUCUAUUCAUGAUGGUGAUUGUUACUAUCUUGGGCGGGACUCGUCAAUAGACAUGCACAAAGGUUCCAGAAGAGAAGUGGCGGUUGAUGGCAGAUGCAACUAUAAGUAUAUGGCUAAACAUGAUGGUGCAGAAAUUAGAACUAGUACUAGCUCUAGCAGUGGUUUUCGAAGUCCCCGCACUGGAAAAGUCAAUGGAGAGCAGGUGAAGCCUAGGUUCACUAGCUGCAAUGAAAUGAACCUUAAGAUUAUGGAGGAGGAAGAUCUUGAACGCAAGCCUUCAAAUUUUGUCCUGAAGGGAAGUAAGCAUCGUUAUUGUCCAGUGAGAGUGCUCUCCAGUAAAGUUGAAAAGGAUUACAUCCAUGUGGACAGACCACCAGUUGAUGAAAACUAUAAUCUGGAUCGCGUGAAGAUACCCUGGGAGAAUGAAAUGAGGGCUGCCAAAAGAGCAAGGGAUGAAGACCCUAACCAUCAAGAAUAUCCGAGGAAUGCAUCAGGGACACAAUGCCAUCCCAGACAAAUCAUCAGAUGAGGUUUGCUGCAGAGAUUCCAUCUAGCUUUAAUGAAGAUGAUAAAACAGAAGAAACCAGUUAUUUGACGGUUGAGACAUUUGCACUUGACUAGAGAAAAGUUAAAAGUCCAGUGCAGUGAACUUUUUUGGAAUCCUGUGUGUUGAUAGAACUUCCGUUGGAUUUGUACAGAUCACAACAACUUAAUGUUCAUCAGUAUACCAGUACGUGGAAUUGGAGAACAUUUGUCUUUGUAUAGUAAAAGUAAUUUGUUGCAAUUAAAGCAGCUGGAUGCUGAAUUUGAAGAA